GUCAGAGCGCUUCAGCUCAACUAGCUAACAGCAACAAACACGCAGGACAAGCGAGACGCGAGGCUGGUGGAGCUUUCGCCAAACACAAACUCAAUAACCUGGGCUCAAAUGGCCUCUUUAGGAGAACCUGUGCGUCUGGAAAGAGACAUAUCUCGUGCCAUUGAACUCCUGGACAAGCUCCAGAGAACGGGUGAAGUGCCACCGCAGAAGCUGCAAGCACUGCAGAGGGUUUUGCAGAGUGAGUUCUGCAAUGCUGUACGGGAGGUGUAUGAGCAUGUGUAUGAGACUGUGGACAUACAUAGCAGCCCAGAGGUGAGGGCCAAUGCAACAGCAAAGGCUACAGUGGCUGCAUUUGCAGCUAGUGAAGGUCACUCACACCCCCGUGUGGUGGAACUCCCAAAAACAGAGGAGGGUCUUGGCUUCAACAUCAUGGGUGGGAAGGAACAAAACUCACCUAUCUACAUCUCCCGUAUAAUUCCUGGAGGCAUCGCUGAUCGGCAUGGCGGCCUGAAGAGAGGAGACCAGAUGCUGUCUGUGAAUGGAGUGAGUGUAGAAGGGGAGCACCACGAGAAGGCUGUGGAGCUAUUGAAGGCUGCUCAGGGUACAGUGAAGCUGGUGGUACGAUACACCCCUAAGGUUCUGGAAGAAAUGGAGUCGCGCUUUGAGAAGUUGAGGUCUGCCAAACGCCGGCAACAGAACAACUACACCCAGUAGGGCGCCUCGUCUGCACCCCCACCCCCCCAUUAUUAUAAUCAUCAUCAUUCUCGCUCGCUCGUGCUCUCUCUCUCUCUCUCUCUCUCAUAUUGUUGUUAUUUUUUCUGCUGUCUUUCUUAUUCACACACACUCACACCCUUUCUCCAGCCAGGGAUUAGCCACAUAUUUGGCACUCCUUUUUGUGAAAUUUUCUAAGUCUAACUCCUCAAGUUUUUAACAGUCUUUCACACUCUUGUUUCUCAUAGCAUGAACACUAUAUAGGCUCUCGAUAUUGUCACACAGACAUCACAUACAUGCACAAUUGGUGCAUUAUUAAGAAUGUAAUGUAAUUUGGGAUGUUGUUUAGCUAAAUAUGCAAGGGGACCAAUCCAAUGUUCAACUUCUGAGAUGAUUUGAAUGAACAUGUAAAAAAAGUGCCUCAAGAGAUUUCUAAAGUUCUGCAGCCUUCAGUAUGCUCCCAUCAUAGGCUGUUUUAUGGUCCUAGCACAGAAUGAAUGAACACUACCAUCUUGUUAAAAAAAAAAAAUGCUAAAUAUGUUUACCAAUUUCUGAGCAGAAUCACCAUAAUUUCUGUGUAGAGGUUUGUUGUGUUUAUUUUCCUGCUUACAUUUGUAAGUGUUUGCCCAUGGAAAAAAAAGAUCACCAGAAAUAUUUCAAAAUCUCACUUUAAGUUUCCUGAGAGAUAAAGGAUGGAGUUUUGACACGCAAGCAUCUCCAUACAAACUGCUGUUUUUGUUGAACACUAUGUCAGCUGUAAAUAUACCAUAUACUCCAGUACAAGACACUUAAAGGCCAGACUUAUUCCACUUACUGACCCAAAUUGGAUUGACUGUCAGAUCACGUUUGCAGUGCAUGUUAAUACUGUCACCUUUCACUCAAUCGUGAAUGUACGGACAGGGUUAUACUGUGUUGUUAAAAUAUCUACAGUAAUAUGCAGAUCAGCUCUGUCAAAUAAACAAGUCGUCUUUCAUCAAACUAGAAUUGACACAAAUUAUGUUCAAAUUUGGGUUUUCAUUCAGCUGUUUGACUCUGAUUGUGAUUUAUACAUAUUGCUUUUGAUUAAACAUUAGAAAUCAAUCCUUAAAAAUGGCACUGAGCAGUCCAGCCAAAUGGCUGUUCAGAGGAGUUGCUAGUUGAAAGGUUUGGAUAUUAGAUACUGUAGAAAGAUAGUUUGAUUAAAGUAAUAUUUUCAUAGCGUACUGCCCCUUAAAAAGCACAUAGAAACAUGCAUUACAUUUUUUUUUUUUUUUUUUUUUUGAGUUUUAAUAUUGAAAUUUUAAACCUUGCAGCAGAAACACUGUUUAAUAUUGUAGCGGGAGUUCAGGAAGUUUUAGUUGUUUUAUUGUUCAUUUGUCUGUUUCGUGUAAUGCUUUCUGAAUGUUUUAAUGUAGCUCUUGCCUUUCAGUCAGCUGUGGGUUCAUAUUGUAUACCCAGUUAAUGCUGAUAAUUACAAAACCGUACAGCUUGUUUUACUUCAAUGGUUGUCAUAUACUUGCAUCAUGAGGUAGCAACUGAGCAUAAUAUUAGGAAACUGCAAUUAAUUUAUUAGUGAAUGUUAAAGAGUGUCAGAAUUGCUACCAAAAUGUUGUUUGAUAAAGUCAUCAAUCCCAACCCACUCAAAUUAUGUUUUAAUUAAACAUAUCUAAACAAAGCUCAAGUAAAAAUGUUUUUUAAUUGGUGCUGUAAUUUUUUUUAUUUUGUUUCUGAAGCUAAAACAGAUUCCUUUAUGCAACAAGACCUGCCCUCUAUACUUUUUUAAUAAAAAAAGAUAAUAAUAAAAAAUAAAAAAAACCUGAUCAGUCCUUUUUAUGAAGUCAGUAAUUUGUUAACCCAUAAACAGACUGUAGUAUUUAUGAGACUUAAGUUACUGUUCUAUUUAGAGGUGUAGAUCUGGAGAUGUUUGGCUUUUUGCUUUUUCAGGUCUUACCGAGAUACCUCAGUGGCUAAAAAAUAGCAAUCUUGUUACAUUUGUUGCAUAAGCUUCAUCUCUUCUUGUUAACCAAAUUUUAAAGAUUUAAUUGACAUUUUUUUUAAAUUCUGACUUAAGAUAUGAGAGAAAAAACUUAAAAAAAGUAGUUUCACGCUGCACUUUCUCUUUGUACUCAUUUUCACAUGUUAAAAAAUGCAACAAGCUUUAUGUAUUUUUAACCUCAAAUGCAGGUAUUUGCGGUGUUUGAAACGAUUGGGGGGAAAAAACUAUUUUUCUCUGUCUCAUAAAAUAUUUAACAUGUCUAAUUAUAGAGGCCCAUGACACCCCAAGCUGUGAGAUACGUAGGUGUUUUGGGGGUGAGAGAUAAAAGGAGGUCUGAUGUCUUGCAUGAAGGAAUCAUUUGUGUGAUUGACAAAAAAGCAUCAAGAAUCAACUGAUCCCUACUUUCUUUGGUGUAUAAGGUGCUCAGGUUGGAUGUUCCAACACUAUCACAAUUUUAAAGCCUCAUGUAUCACAAGAGCAAUAAGAAAUGUAUUCUGUUAUUAUCUCAAGCAUGUUACUCACUCCCCAUUAAUAUUUAGUACUGUCCAUGGGGGGGGCUGACUAACUAUUUUUGUAAACUUGUUGUCUUUUGAUAUUUUCAGCACUUUUGAUGUAAAUUUUCAAGUUUUUUUUUUUUUUUUUUUUUUUGAGGAAUGCUUUGGAUUGGUUUUAGGAAUGGUUCAUCUUGACCACUCUCCCUGUGUUUCAAGUACAAAGACCAAUCUUGCAACCUUUUUGUGGGAGCCGUUUCAAUGUCUGGUCAGCUAGUUUGAGCUGUUUUUAAGAACCUGUUGUACUAUUGUAUUAUUUGACACUUCUGUCCUGCUGUAUUGUGUUACAUUAAUGUGGAUGUGUAUAAAGAUUGAUCAACGUGAUCAACAGUCCAA